GGCGUGGCCCUUCCUCAGUCCCUGGGUCCCGAAUGGGGCUGGAAGGGACCUCUGGAGAACAUCCAGUCCAACUUUGGCACGUGGAGCAGGUGGGAUUGGAAUGUCUCCAGAGAGGGAGACUCCACCGCCUCCCUGGGCAGCUGUUCAGUGCCCUGCCACCCUCAGUGUAAAGUUCUUCCUCGUCUCGAGGUGGGACUUCUUCUGGUUUAGUGUAUGGCCAUUGCACCACUGGAAGGAGUCUGGCACUCACGUGGGAGAUAUUUAUAUGGAUUGGUGAGAUCCCCUCUUGUUGGAAAAUAUACCAAGUUUAAAAUUCUUAUUUUAUAACUUGAGGAAAGGGCAGUCAAUAGCUAACUCAUGUAAGCACAGUUAACUAUUGGGAGACAGCAAAUGUUAGUUCAGACAGCAGAUGUUAAUUACAAAACCUAAGAAGCUGAAUUCACCCUAAUCUUGUCAAGAUAGAGGGGACAAGGAUCAUCUCAGAGACCGCUGAAUCAUUCCUCAAAGGACUACGCAUGCCCAGGGAGAAAGGUGAAAAGGGCACUGUGAGGAUGACUACUGAUCUUCAUCAGAGAGACCCCCGAGGAAGAAGAGGAGCGACCACCAGGACACACAGCGCAUGCGUGACCCGUAUGCUAAUGAUAUUAAUGACUUCCAGAAGUAAUUUGUAUAACCACACCUGUCCCAAGGAAUGUGAUGAAUAUUCAUAAUUUAGCCCAUAAUACUGUGUUGUAGAGAGCACCAGGUGUGUGUGUUUGGAGGAGCGAUCCCCACACACCCGGCGCCGAAUAAAGCAAACACCCACUUCUCUGACUCUGUCUCUGAAGUGUCUCCUGGCCCGGUUUGGGGCGAUUCAAGAUCCCCUCCUGUUGGAAAAUAUACCAAGUUUAAAACUCUUAUUUUAUAACUUUAGUCACAUUUGUUCGCCUUUGCCCCGGGGGAAGGAAGUUUCUUUCCAAAGCAUUUUCCCACUAGGUGAGGCCUGAUGAGUUUAGCAUCUCAGGGGACUGAGAACAGCACAAGAGAUACACAAGAGAUAAAGGCCAUCAAGGGCCAUUGACGAACCAUCAGCAAACAUCAGCGAACAUCUACUCCAGAGCUGCCCUGGUUGGAGACACCUGGUCCGGAAAAGGCUGAUAAGGAAAUCCAGGAGUGAAGACUUAAUUAACAUCAGAGGCGAAGAAAUCCGUAUCCAGUAGGAAACCAGCUACUAAGAGCUGUCCGGCUUGGGACCAAUGAAGGUUAAACCAAUGGAUUUCAUGGGUUUUGGACUGCAUAAAGCGGGGUCAGAAUAGAGAGUAGAAACUGGUAGAGCUCAUGGAGCGCGGUCCCCUGCGGCUGAAGGGCAGCGGGGGCGCCCCGGGGGCCGGCAAGCGGAGGAAGAAGAAGAAGAAGGCGAAAGACAAAGCUCAGAUCGUGAGCAGCAAGAAGCAGGAGGAGGAGAAGCAGCACGGGCUGGACAAGCGGACCCCGGCGCAGGUGGCCUUCGAGAAGAUGCAGGAGAAGCGGCAAAUGGAGCGGAUCCUGAAGAAAGCGUCGAAAACCCACAAGCAGCGAGUGGAGGACUUCAACAGGCACUUGGAUACUCUGAGUGAGCAUUACGACAUUCCCAAAGUCAGCUGGACCAAAUGACCGGGCUGCUUGUCACGGCUCUGGAGCUGGACUCGUGUUCUGUUUGUAUCAAGCAAGGUUGCUGUGUAAAUCUGUCUGUUCUCCAUCUUGUCUAAUGUAUCUUCUGAGCUUUUAUGACUUUAUCCUGUCCUAUUUUAUAGUCUUGUUUUUUAAAACCAAA